AUGCCGACGCCUAGCGCUCGCCGCAAUGCCAACCGUGCUCGGUGCCAGUUCGCUGGUUGUGACAAGUUCGCGCAGACCCGGGGUCUGUGCAAGGCCCACGGCGGCGGCUCUCGCUGCCGGGACCCGCAGUGCAACAAGCUCGCUCAGAGUCGCGGCUUGUGCAUCGCGCACGGCGGUGGUCGUCGCUGCCAGUUCGACGGCUGCAAGAAGCUGGCCCAGUCCAAGGGCUACUGCAUCUCGCACGGCGGGGGCCGUCGCUGCACCAUCCCCAACUGCGAGAAGUUCUCGCAGGUCAAGGGCCGCUGCAAGUCUCACUCCAAGCUGCUGACAACCGUCCCGGGAUCGUACACUGCACCACCACACGGCGUCGUGACCCCGCUCAGCUCGACCGGCAAGUCCGCGAUCUCCCCCGCCAGCACCAAGCUCUCCAUCGACUUCCUCGUGAACCCGCUGUCGCGCAGCUCGUCCAUUGGCGACAAGGUGCCAAUUCAGCAGCAGCAGAUGCCGGUGCCAGCGCUGCGCCCCAUCACGCAGCUCGCCAACCCGUUCACGUCCGCGGGCAUGGGCUGCAACCCGCGCUUCGAUUCGCAGGUGCUGGGCAACCAGCGCUCGCUGCUGUCGUUCCUCGAGCCCCACGGAUCCGUUCCGUCGUACCCGGCGCCACGACCGCAAUACGCGGCUGUGCCGGGCCACUACCAGGCACCCCUGCUGCCGUCGCUUGCACUGUACCGCUAA